AUGGUCAAUGAGAAUGAAGAUUCAUUAGCUUCAACUCCUGCAAAUCCGCCAAGUAGCAUGGGAGGUUCCGAUUCAUUAGAUCAAUCUCUCCAAUCCCCGGAAGUAGAUGGCUCUAUGGAAGACUCACCACAGAAGCUGAAUAAUCCAUUCAACUUGAAUGUUGGCGGCGACUCCGCCACUGCCACCCCCACCUCCACUCCAAGUUUUCAAUAUCAAAGGACAAGAAUCACAAAUUCUGAGCUUAUCAAAUAUCCAUUCAAGACAUUGAAUAGAAUUCUCAACGACUUAAUAUGGACAGUUCCUAUGAGGGACCAGUAUAAUAUUAGUUUAUUGAACUCCAAGCCUAUUGACUAUUCAGAUGGUUUAUGUAGAGUGAUUAAUUCAGUUCCAAGAUUUCAAUCCCUUAUACUUAAUAAUAGCUUGGAUUUUUGUCCUUCGUUGGAAUCACACUCAUUAGAUGACAGACAACAAACUUUAUACAUAAUUAGAGGAUUAUUGGUAGAUAACGAUCAACAGAAGGUAUAUCAUUUCAGAAUAUCCGCAUUAGAAAACAACUCCAACCCAUUUCUUGCCACCCCUAUAGAUAAACACCAAUAUCAUAUUAUUCCAAAGGAAUUGAUCUCCAAGCAUGAUUUGCAAGCUUUAAGAGCAGAUUAUCCUGAUUCAGAUUUAAAGAUCGAUGAUGCUUUUUUCAAGAGCUUGAAUUCUCCAAACAAUCAAUUAUUACGAGUAACUUUAUAUAAUCCGGAAUUCUCGAGUGAAGACCUCGAUUCUUUGGCUUCUCAGUCUAUUAUUACCAAAAGAUAUAUGAAAGGAAUCGAGAAGCAUCCAAAUUUAUCUCCAGAUACAAUUCCAAACGCAGUACAUUGUUUCAAGACGCUUAUUAAAGUGUUAAAGGGACCAGUUUUAUUGAAACCAGAUGAUCCUAUUAAGACAAUAAGCUUGAAGAAUACAGUUUUGGAUGCUCAAAUCGAUGUUAAGUUGCUAUAUGAGAAGUUGGGAUUUACAUUGGAUGCAGAAAAAGAGGAUGCGGUACCUCCAAAUUUGAAUCUUUUACCAGGCUUGAAAGAAGCAUAUAUAAGAAAAAUUCUCGAGUUGAUCCAUUGGGGUCUAGUUAUCAGUAAGAAAGUACCUUCAAUUGAGUUUGAAGCUCUUUAUUCUUUUUCCAAUAAUAUGUCAUUAGUAUUUCAAACAAUUGUUGAAUAUGAUAAGCAUGCAAGCAUGACCAAUUUUAAUAGUAAAUAUACUGAGAAAUUCCCUUAUUUCAUCAACCUCAGUAUUUCCAGUUAUUUCCAAGAUGAAUUAAUUAUUAAAUGUUUUGAAAAUACCGUACAAUCAGAUCCAGCCAAUAAGUUGCAUUAUGUCGAUUCUUUAAAAGAAACUAGACGUAUGAAAAAUAGCAUUGCGCCAAGUAGGAAAUUAGAUGCAUAUCUCAGGAAUUUGGAAAAUCAAGGUGAACUUGUUGGAUUUUAUGAUUAUGUCGAAGCCAUGAAAACUAUUGGGCUUUCAAUCGCAAACAAAGAUGAAAUUGACAGCAUUGAUGACGAGGUCGUGAUCGCUAUGUAUAGAACCCAAUAUAGGAGUGAUCCUAAGAAUUAUCAAUACUACAAUAAUCUUGUCCGAGUUAUCGCCAAAGCCAGAAAUUCAACUAACUUGCUUAAUUUCUUGCAAAGGGAAGUUAUUCCUAUGGGAAUGGCACUUGAUGAAUUAAAUAUUGAAGAAGUCACAGAAGAUGAGGUUGUCAUUACUGCAUAUGAAUUUAAGUUAGAUGAUCUCUUGCAGCAAAAUAAUCUUAAUGCUAAUAGUACCGACAUUAUUUACUUACACAAAGCAUUGGUAUCUGUGGCCGUUCAUAGGAAAAGUUAUCUUUUGUUAAAUUAUCUUGAAACUAAGCUUCCCGAAUUUACAAAAUUAAACGAAAUGGAAGAUAUUACCACCGCAUCGGCUUAUUCAUUUUUCAAUUUGACACCAAACACUUCUGAUUUUGAUGCGAUAACUUACUUUCAGAAUGCUAUUGUUGACCCUAACCAACAAGCAGAUAUUCGUUUGUUGAGAUAUUGUUUAAAGUUGAUUGCUGAAUCAAGAAAAUCUGAUAUCAUAUUUAGUUUCUUGAAGACAGGAAAAAUUGAUGCAUCAUUAUUACCUGCAGAAAAUUGGCCAGCUGGAUUGGAUAAUAUUGGUAAUACAUGUUAUUUGAAUUCGUUAUUACAGUAUUAUUUCUGUAUAAAGCCAUUAAGAGAGUUGAUUUUAUGUUAUAAUGAGAAAGAUUUUGAUUUAACUCAAUUUGAAACUCGAAAAAUUGGAGGACGUAAAAUUGAAGAAUUAGAAAUCAAACGUGCAACUCAAUUUAUUUAUCAUUUGAAAUAUUUGUUUGAUGAGAUGAUCCAUACUAAUAAGAGAUGUGUUCAGCCGAGUAAAGAGUUGGCAUAUUUGUCAUUCCUUCCUUUGUCACAACCUGUCAAUUUUCACGUGGAUGUGAUGGAGCCUGAAGUUGUAUACGUUGGAACCGACACGGAUGCAAACAUGGAAAGUACGGACGAAGUAGAAAUGGUCGUUGAAGAAACCUCUUCGAACGAUAUCAAACAAAUGGAAGAAGAUGUAGAAACUCCAGAAACAUCGGAUGUGGAAGAAGACUCUACAGAAGAACAGACCAAAUUGUUACCAAUCCUGAAUGAUCAAAUGGAAAGCACGAUUGAGGUCGGAAGACAACAAGAUGUUACCGAAUGUAUUGAGAAUGUGACUUUCCAGAUUGAAACGGUUUUACCUCCUGAUAAAAUGGAUAAAGAUGGAGAACAAUAUGACUUGAUAAAGAAAUUGUUCUAUGGAAAGACUAAGCAAACUAUAAGUCCGUUGGAUAAACCUGAUGGAGAUCUGCGUGUUUCAUUAGAAUUAUUUUUCAGUUUAAUUAUCAAUGUGAGUGAUCACCCAAAGAGUAUAUAUGAUGCUUUGGAUUAUUACUUCAACGAAGAUGUCGUAAAGUUAGACGGGGGCUUAUUUAAGAGAAGUAUAACUAUCAGUGAAUUGCCGGAUAUUUUGCAAUUCCAUGUUCAAAGAGUAUUAUUCGACAGAGAGAAGUUAAUGGCCUACAAAUCCAUUGAACCCAUUCCUUUCAGUGAAAAGAUUUAUCUCGAUAGAUAUUUGGAUACUGACGACGAAGAAAUUUUAUCCAAACGUGAAGAAGUAUUUAAAUGGAAGCGUGAGAUUAGUGAGUUGAUGGAAAUGAAGAAGAAGAUACUUCAUGUGGAUGAAGAAACUGGUUUGUCAAUAAUACUGACUCUUCAGACUACUAAGAAAUACCUUGAAGCCAAGAUAAUCCAAGAUGAAAAGUUAUCAAUUGAGUUAAGUACCAUACAAGUAUUACAACAAGAGAUUGAUAAUUUGAAAGGACAGUUAUUAGAGAUUGAUACAAGAUUGGCAAUCCUUAACAAGAAAGUUUCCAAACAGUUUGAAAAUUACAGGUCCAUUGGAUAUUCUAUAUUUGCUAUUUUUAUACAUCGUGGUGAAGCAAGUUAUGGUCAUUAUUGGGUCUACAUUAAGGAUCCACAUCAAAAGAAUGUUUUCAGAAAAUAUAAUGAUGAAACUGUAACCGAAGUUCCUUCCAGUGAGGUAUUCAAUUUUGUUGAGGGUAAUACCGCUACGCCUUAUUACAUCGUUUAUGUUAAAGAUAAUUUAGAAUACGAUUAUAUAGAACCAUUGAAACGGGAAAUAUCGUAA